AUGAAUACACUCAGAUACUGCUUCUUUGCUGCCCUGAUUCUCAGUGCCUCACUUCCGUUUGUUUUCUACGCUGUUAACUUGCAUGCACAGAAAUCGCCCAGGAGGCUGAACUUCUCGGUGAGUUCAACUUUAGCAGAAGCCUGUAAGGCACUUAUUGAAGAUAAGGCACCCUUUCUGACGGAAAACACUUUAAUAACAUCAUUCAGACAAUCCAGUUGCACGGAGUACAUCCUGCAGAACCACUACAUCACCCGCGCCCUCUCAGCUGAGGAGGCUGCCUUCCCCAUCGCCUACAUCAUGACCCUGCACAAGGAGUUCGAGACCUUCGAGCGGCUCUUCAGGGCAGUGUACAUGCCCCAAAAUGUCUACUGCAUCCACGUGGACGCCAAGGCGCCGGCCCCCUUCCGGCAGGCGGUGCAGCGCCUGGUGGGAUGCUUCCCCAAUGCCUUCCUCGCCUCCCGGGCGGAGCGGGUGGUCUACGGCGGC